AUCUUCCCAUCCUCCGACGCCGCAGACCCGCCGGGCGCCUUGGCCAUCGUCGGGCUGCGCGGCACCAGAGGCGAGCGCGCUGCUGGCGUGUAUAAUGUACUCGCGGACCACCCUCACCACCAUGGCGCCUCACGGCCUGUCUACAAGCGCGCGCGCCCGCUGCGAGAGGGCGAAGAACGGGCGAUCCGCAGGGCCAACCUGACCCUGAGGCAGCGUUGGUACGAGGCGGUCGAGUUGGCGCUUGCUUACUCGCGCUGCAAGCCCGCGCUCUUCAGCUGGCUCGAGCGCGCGCAGGCCAGGCUCGACGUCUACGGACCGGACGGUGUGGCGCGCCAGCGCGACCGCGACGAGUUUGAGGCCGACUUUGCCACCUGAAAGUCAUGCCCGGCGGCCACACUGGCCGGUGGUCGUUCAGUGUGGUGGGAGUGUGGUGGGGUGGAUUUCCUGACCGUUCAGCGUCGAUGCCGCCUGCUCCCCGCUGGCGCGACCCUGCGCCGGCCAGCGGAGCCACUGCCCGCUCGGUCACCACCCCCGCCGGCGCGACGCGAUCCUCGGCGCCGCCGGCACGGAGCGGUUGAUUCCUCGGAGUGUUGGUCGCAGGAGGAUGGCUCGCCGGGCAGCUUUGCACACGUCGGGUGGGGACAGGAAACCCAUAAAUAAAUAAAUAAAUAAAACGG